AUGGACCCUAUAUUUUACACUUUUCUAGGUAUGGGAUUGGGAUUCAUGGGAUCUUAAGUGGUUAUGAAUAACUUCUUCAAAAAUAAGUAGAAUAAGAAUCCAUAAUAGAAAUAAGCAACCAAGAAAUUCUUGCCCUCUACUCCUGAUAUCAAAAAGGCAUUUCAAUAAAAUUAAAUCCCAUUUCAAAUCAAAAGACCAACAGAAGUGGAAGAUCAAAUCAGAAAAAUAGUCAAAAUCGAGCCAUCACCAGCAUAAUUUGAUUAAGAUGACGAAUUAUUAUAGGCCUAAGAGCAAGAACCCGAUUAAUCACAUCAAACCAAUCAUUCAGACCAUAAUGCAAUACCUCAGACUCCCAACUUUCAAAACAAAACCCAAGCAUAACCAAAUAUUAAACUGUUUUGUGCAGCUGACUAAAUGCAAUAAAUUGUCACAACCCCUAUAUUUUUAAAAACAAAUAAAUUUAGCGCCUCUUAAAAAAAUCAUCCUGAGACUACCUCAUCAAUCAGCCAAUCUGAAUAAUAGGCAGGAAACAAUCAAAAAGGUGAAUGA